AUGUCUGAUUUCGAAAACAUCGAUAGCAUCGUUGAACAAAACAUGGAGGAUUCCGAUGUUGAGGAAUUCGAGUUGAAGUUGGGUAGCACCUUCGGCGCGAAGAAUGGAUCUUUACCUACUUCCUAUUAUAAACUUGUCUAUGAUAGUCAGGAAAAUGUUGAUUUCUCGAAGGCCACUGAAAUAGAGUUACAUCAGGACGAGGAAACACUUCAGGUUUCCUUUUGUGGAGAUUCGGGAGAUGAAGUUCAAUUAUUGACUGGACAACGAUUUGAAGACUAUACAGAAGACCCAGACGAAGAGGAUCUCGAGGCUAAAAAACAAUGCCUAUUAAUUUAUGACGAGAUUUCACGGACGUGGACACUUGAAUGCAUAGAUUAUAGUUACAAGAUUGGUACCGAUGAGAGAAAUACAAUUAAAGAAUCACCUGGAUCAGAAGAUUUUGAACAGAAAUCAAAUUCAGCUUUGACGCUGAAUAGUGAAGAAGAAGCCCCGGAAUUUAUAGAAGAAAAUAACGAGGAAUUUGAUGGAUUUAUGAAUAUUGAUAGCGAGAAUCAGAUAAAGGAAGAAAAUGGGCACAUUGACGAAAAUGGGGAGGAAUACCUCGGGGAUACACUAUCAACAGAUGAUGGACUGGAAGGGGAUGAUCAGACUCAGGAUGUGAAUCAAAGAGAUAAUGAGAUAUUUGAGGAUGAAAUAAUAGAAGGCGACAGUUCUUCAGGAAGUUCGUCUUCAGAAAGCAGCUCGUCUACUGGAUCACCUUCUGAUAGUGAAUCCGAUGGUGUUGCAGAACCAGAUUCUUCCGAUUUAGAUUCUGAACUCGGAGAUAUGAAAGAUCAGUUUAUACAGGAGAUGAGAAAGGCCGAAAAUAAACCGAGAAAACCAAAUUCUUUGGAGCGGACGAUACGAAAUCAAGGCUCACAACCAACUUCUCUCGCAGCGCUGUUUGGUGGAGAUGGUAGAUAUAAGGUUUUGACCAUUAAUGGAUGA